AUGGACUCAGAGCGAUUGAAAGUGCCAACACAAGGCGAUUCUUCCGCCGAGCAGAAUAAUGGCGACAACACUCCGGUGAGAAGAGGACACCGUCAUAAACGUUCUUUCGCCAUUUCACAAGAUUUAGAUUUUGUCAAACCCAUCGCCCCUGGGACACCACAUUCGAAGGCAGAUUAUGCAGCCUCGACCGUAUCACCAAUGCGACACCACCAGGAUAUGAGCCCAAGGUUUUUCAUGAGCCACGAUAUCACUUAUUCAGACGAUGUGCCAAAUGCCAUUAUAGACCUAGACGAUGCUUUAAGCACCCGGCCACAAUCUUUUACCUCUCACAGAAGAGCUGAAUCGGCUCCCGCAAACCUCAUACUACCGUUCAAGCUAGAGCCGCCGGCAAUACAGACACAGCCGCCGUUGAGAAUAGACGAAGAAGAGGAUGGUGAGAAGUCCGAGAGCGAAGAUGAAUUGGUGAGCCAAGACGCAUUAAUGUCGCCGCUCCGAACUAAAUCUCAAUCUCCGUUUCUAACCAGCUCGGCCACGAUGGAUGAACAAAAAUCUCCAAAGCGGAACCAAUAUAAUAAUAAUACCUUGAAGAUCAGCAGACAGAAAGAACGAUACCUGUAUUACACAAAACAAUUACCAGCGGCAAGCCCCCAUGGUUCUUCUCACAUAUACCCACAGGAGCCUGCAUGUUCGUCACUAUCCUCUGAACUAACUCCUGGCUUUUCGAUCUCAGCAAUAACAAACACUCCAAACACUCCUGUUCUCUCUACAUCCAAGGUAGCGAAUAAAUCACCUAGUCCGCGCCGCUCGUUCAAUUUCAAAAGUCAAGUUUAUGACCUACCAUAUGACGGCAGUGCAUCGAAUGAUGCUUAUAUCGAUGCUAGGAAAGCACAGCCACAAAACGAGGAUACCGCCAAGGUGCCAGGGACUGCUUCUGGACAUUCAGAGACUCCAAUCACAGAAGCGCACACAAUUGAAGCUUUCGAACAGAGCCGGAUACCGAAGGAAAUCUUAUUGGGACAGCCCGGUGAUAGUGUGGAUUUAUCUCAGAACCCUAAAUCGCCCUCAAAAGCACCGCAAAAAAAAAGGGCGUCCACGUCAAGUGAAAUUCGUGCCACGAGUGAUCAGCGGAGUGUGAGUGAUAGCGCUGUCAUGCAUGGGAGGCAGCAAACAAGUACUGGCAAACGCAAGGGUAAGUUCCACUUGAUGUCAACUCUGUUUUCUCGACUCAAAAAUCCCAAAUAG